AUGCCUUCGUCCCCUGUCAGCAGUCCUACUUCUCAGGCAAGAAGAACAGCAGCUGUGGGACCACAACCAGGGAAAAACCCAAGUCCUGCAACAUCGAUACGAGCUCAAUUCGCGGGCACUCAGGACUUGAUUGCCGCAGCGUGGCGAGCCUUUGAAGGUGAUGUGGAGUUUGCCGCAACUAGAGAGGCAUUCUUCAGCAAAGACACAGCAGCAGCUCACCUAACAUUCAACAGCCGCGUGGCAGCACAUGUCGCUAGUACCUUUCAUUGUGCGAGAUUGUUGUAUGGUUGGGAAGCAGAAGAGUCUUCACGGAAAGGUACGUGCAGGAGUAGCGAAGGUGAUGAAUAUGGGAGUUUUAGUUUGUUACCGACGUCUUUUGCAUCAGAACAGGGUGGAGCUUCAUCUCCUUCUAGUUCGCCAAAAAGAACAGCAUCAAGCAGCUCAGCCUCUUCCAUGAGUCCCACAAGAACAAAAGGGGUUCCUGCAAUAGUCAAGAAAGAAUCGUCAUCGACACUGCAUCUGAGAAUCGACGAUUCAGCCUAUAACUCCGCACCAUCGGUGAAAUCGAAAGCGGAAGCGAAUGACGCAGCACGACCAAGAAAUACUGCCGCGCCUCCGCCUUUGCUUUUCAACUACGAUUGGGCUGGACAGGAAAUGCUUUUUCGUUACGGCUUUGCCCAUUUUAGACGGAGAAUAUGUCGAGCACCUGUGCCAGAAAGGAUUUUGAAGCAGGUGGAAGCGGAAUUUGACCGCUGCGCAAAGUACUGGCAGAGUAGAGAAGGUGCAGAACUGCUGCACUCAACAGCUACGACUGCAAAGUCGGGAGGGAAAAAGACUUCAUCGACAAAAGCAUCUUCUUCUUCAGGCGAAAAGGCAGAUGAAGAGUCUCCUUCGGUUGUAGAAUUUAUAGGCAAACUAAGGCAAGUAAUUCGCACAAUAAUGGCAGCACACAAGGUCUUGGAACAGGCAGGAUGAGGAAGGAUCCUUCGAAAACAGCGAUGACCUUCUACUUCUAGAAGUGUCUUUAAAUAUUGCCACGAAAGCUCGCGAUCAGGCGGCGCUUCUGGACGCCUAGGGCAGACCACCUGUUCUACAA